GUCCAAGAAACGCACCCGAGAGAACGCGCGCCAACUUGAAGGUCUUGAAAAGCUCCAGUGUUGAACAACCACCGGCCUAAAGCUACGUAGAAAGUCUCAUCCCUCUGGGCUGCAGAACCCUGCGCAGUGUUCCCGGUCGUAAUCCUCUUGCUGUCGACUUUCGAAGAUCGGACUGUCGGUACUCGCCACUUGUUCUCGCCGUCAAAGCACGGCAAAAGAUACCCCUCCCGCUACAUUACCCGUGAGCAUAAAGCACGGAAACGAUGAUGGCUGCAGGAGACUCCCCGCGGAACUCAACUUCCGCACCCGCAAGGGCUUCAACCGCUCCUGACGUCCUUCGUACGAGGAAUAAGAAAAGGGACGACGCGAUAAGGAAGAAGGUCGAGCAGGAACUAAACAGGAAGAAGACGACCCGACGUGGUGGACAGCCCGGAAACACCACCCCUCGUCGGCCAAAGACCGGCACUGUCUCAUCUCUUCGACCAGCCCCCGCCAUCAUCAUCCUCGAAACUUCACGUAUCGUCCAAGCGGCCCAGCUUAUGGCCGCCAAGAGGACCGACGCUGUUCUUGUCGUCAACACCGAAGGGUCCCUGAGUGGUAUUCUUACUGACAAAGACAUUGCUUACCGCGUCGUGGCGCCUGGUUUGGAUGUCCGCACAACUCUCGUGUCCGCGGUCAUGACCCCAAACCCGAUCUCUGUGUACGACAAGGGCAACAGGAACGAGGCGUUGAAUAUCAUGGUGUCUCGUCGGUUCAGGCACUUGCCCGUCAUCAGCGACGGCCCCGGUGGCGGCAAUGGGGGCGACGAUGAUGAUCAGGAGGAGACGACCUCUGAGUUUGGUGCGUCCACCAGCGUAGUCGGACUUCUGGACAUUACAAAGUGUGUGUUUGAACGUCUGGACGAUCUGGAACGCAAAGUCAACGAGGACGAGAACAUUAUCAGCGCCAUGGAGGCCCUCGAACGACGUGGCUCGGUAGCUUCCGAGCACGUCGGCCGGGUUCGCAGUCAACACGGCUGCCCGGACGUGGGGACGGUGCUCUCGACCAUGGAAAUUGAGCAUAUGGACCACAUGGUCCCCGAGAUCUCCAUCAAAGCGACCGUUCGUGACGCUGCAAAGGCUAUGAAGGAAAACCAUCAAACGGCUGUUUUGGUCAGCGCUGGGGAGAUGGAUGAGCGAAUUGGUGGAAUAUGUACGACCAAGGAUAUUGUUUUGCGGGUUUUGGCUGCCAGUCUGGAUCCCAAUACGACUUCUGUCGUCAGAGUGAUGACACCCCACCCGGACUCGGUGGCCACAGAAACUUCGAUUUUGGACGCACUCAAGAAGCUUCAUGCUGGUCAUUACCUGCACCUGCCGGUCGUGGACGCCGGGACCCCGGUCGGUCUGGUGGACGUGAUGACACUCACAAUUUCCAUGUUGACAUACCUCAUAAGCAAAGACGGAACAGCACCCGACCCCAACGCAGCCCCCGGCGAGUCCGGCCCCAUGUGGAACAAAUUCUGGAACUCCACAUUCUCCGGCACAAUGGAAAGCGAAUCCGACCGCCAUUCGCAAGCCUCCGACUCGAUAACCGGAUCCGCCGUCUCCUACCCACCGCCUCCACCACCCUCGGAGCGCACAUCCUCAUACGCGAUGCCCCGCCCCGGGUCAAUGUACGACAGCAUGCCCGGGCGCGGCUUCGACGAAAUGUCCCACGGCGGGGGCUCGACCGUCUUCUCGAAAGCGGUGGACGAUGUCAACUUUGCGUUCAAGCUCCGUGAUGGAGCUACGGGAAAAGUAUACCGCUUCGCCUCCCGACGGGAUUCCUACGAAGAGCUCGUGGAGAGGGUACGCCAGAAGAGCGGCGCAGACGAGACCACCGACCUAAAGAUUACCUACAUCGACGACGAAGGGGACGUCAUCUCCAUCACGACCGACAAAGACCUCGAAGAGGGCGUGCAGAUGGCCGUCAGCGCAGGCUGGAAGCGCCUCCUACUCUUCAUCGGCGACAUCCCGACCGACAACACCGUCGCGCUGUUGGGCAGGUCGACAGACCAUAUUGACGAUUCAGUCAGCUCCGUCUCAGCUCAUUCCUCGCCUGCGAUGCUGAGGCGUCGGGUCACGUCGUCACACCCGCAAUCGGGAACGUAUGAUGAGCGAGCUAUGUCGUUGAACGAACUCGGCGGUGUGGCCGCUGCGCAUGAGAACGAACACCCUGCACUGAAAUUCAUGCGCGAAGCGCCGAUGCCCGUAAAUGUAGCCAUAUCGGCGGGGAUCGUGAUGGCUAUGGGCGUCAUCUUCAUCAAGAUGAUCAAGUAAUUUUUUUUUUGUUUUGCGAACCGUUAUGUGAGCUCCGCC